GAAAUGAUUCUUACACGUGUAGCAUUUACUGUCCACUUAUACAUUAGAAAGUAGUGUGUAAAGAUUGUUAGUGUGACCUCUGACCUCUCCUUUAAGGUCAGUAUAUUGAUCUGAAGGUCACAGCUAAUAGAAGCUAAUAAAUUCAGUUUGCUUUUCUGUUUCAAUAUUGACUCAAAUAUAUUUGUUGGUGAUUUCAAUCUUAAUUAUAAUUAAAAUAAUGCAGAGCAGUGGUUCUAAAGUGUGCUCAGCCUUCACGCUGUGACUGGCUGAUUAUUAGAAGCAGAACUAAUCUAAUGCAGUUAAAUCUCAAAGAGGGAAACACGUCUGGCUGAGCACUCACAGGAGGCUCAGCCAUGAACAGCUGUGUGCUUAAUGUUUUGGGGUUCCUGCAGGGACAGUAUUGAUUUUGAAAUAGUCAUUAAGUUCUGAAAGAAAAGGUUUUCCGUGACUAUAAAUACACAUUUUCCCUUAUUUAUCUUUGUAAUGAUCUUUGUAAUGUGUAAUGACCUGCUAGUGCCACAGGGUGGCAGUAUUGCACCUAGAAGCCGUUUGUCAAAGUUUCACACAGAAAAACAAUAUUUAUUAUUUUAUAUUAUUUCUGUUAUCUUCUACUCCUUUAUAUAUUUAGACUGUUGACUAGUUUUCACAUUUGGACUUUGACCUGAAAAAUGUCAAACCUGAAGCAAACUUGGACUUUUUCGUUUUUCUUUUUUCUCUGCAGGAGGAGUCCAUUGAGGAAGUGAUCAAAGACACGGAGUCUCUGUUCAAAUCCAGAGAGAAGGAAUACCAGGAGACCAUCGACCAGAUCGAGCUGGAACUGGCCACAGCGAAGAGCGACAUGAACCGCCACCUGCACGAGUACAUGGAGAUGUGUUCAAUGAAGAGAGGCCUGGAUGUCCAGAUGGAGACCUGCAGGAGGCUCAUCACACAGAGUGGAGACAGGAAGUCCACCUCGCUCAUCUCGCUGACGGUGGAUGACUCUGACAGCGAGGAGAAGGACAGGAAGAAGCCGGCGCUCCCCGCCGACUCUGAGAUCAGUGACUCCUGCUGCGGCGUCAACGCCGCCAUCCCACCUCUGACCUGGAGGAAACCCUAAUACACGCUUCUUCUGAGGAAGAACAAUGCAGAGCUUCCACACGUCUAAAAUCAUGUCUCUGUGAUUUCUGUCACAUUUUAAGUCUCCAGUGUGAUUUUUACUGAUCGUAAAGUCAGGCCAACAUGGCAGCCGGAGAUUCAGAGCCAAGCGUGGAGGUUUUUACUGCUUUGAGGAAGAAGAGCUUCUCCUUACUGAUGAACCUGUAGUUUCUUUGCAAUAUUAGUUAUAGUAUAUAAAGUCAUUUUAAUUAAAAAAGCAGCAAUAGUAAUAGUGUGUGCAAGUGCUGCCCUCACAUGGUUACCAGCUGUAACUGCACAUCUGGAGGUCAAAACUUUACCGCACUUUAAAGAAAAGAUGAGAUGCCUGUGAGCUACAUUAUUGUAUUUGCACACCGAGCUCACCAAAACCGUUGUUUGUAAAAUGUCUCCAACGCUGCAGGAUUAAAAGGACGCACAUACAGGCUGUAAUGCAGAAAGAAAGCAGUUUGCACAGCUCACUGUUCCUGCUCCAUAUUAAAGUGCAGUGGUUUUAUAUUACACAGGCAUUAGCAGCAGCUUCAAAAUGUUAAAGCUCACGUUUAAUUUGAUUCUUUGUAACUGUAGUCAAGACAAAAAUCCAGUGAAAGACCAGCUCGCCUUAAACCGAUUUCCAGGACUUUUUUUGGGGGGGGCAUUUUGAAGGUUUAACCUUCACAAUAUUUACCUUACAGAAGUUUAUUGAUAUGUACUUCUUCUUGAAUUUGAAGUUUAUUAAAAGCUCCGCUCCUGGUUUGUCUGUAAAAACUGAUCCUUGCUACAGUUUGGAGUUAAAAUACUUCAUUUUCCUCUCGGCGUAACAUCAGCCGUGAUAUUUGAACAGAUUUUGAUACUGUGUAGUGAUAUACAUGUAGUAAUAUAGAUAAUUUGGGGGUUUUGUAAGCUUUUGUACAGUUGUGGUUUCAGACCUCUCUCUCACCUCCAGAUCCAUUUCAGUUUGAAAACAUCAAAACGGUGCAAACAGGAUCGGUUUGACAGUGUAAAUGCCAUUUAGAUUUCUCACAUUUUCUACAGAUGAUGUGAUGCUAAAAGGUAAACUCUUAUAUCAUGACAGUAAUAUUGUUUUUAAAAACCAGGUUAAAUCACAGUUAAACUGAUUUAUUGUGGAAAUGCCAUUUUUAAACCUCGGUCUUGAAGAAAUAUUUUUUAAGUUAAAUAAUGUUGCAAAAUGUACAUUUCCACGUAUUUUGGUGUCUGUUAAGAUUCUAUCUGGAAUUAGUUCAGUAUUUUUGGGAUAACGUUAAAAUGGACCUGAACAAAUGCUCACAUGAAACAUGUUUUUAAAUCAGGGCGUCCACGUAAUCCCCGCAGGACUAAAGUUUAGACUGACAGUUUUUUUUUUCUACUCAUGGAUCUGUAUGAUAUCCUGAUAUCUCCUACAGAAGCCUAUCACACAGUUCACAGUUUAACUUGUAUGUCUUUUUAUGAGGGGCAGCCAAUCAGAAGAGGGUUGGCUAAUAGGGGGAGGAGCUACAAGAGACAAAUAAGGAUUAUUAUCAACUGAAUUAUGCAGAGCUACUCUGACAUAGCCCAAGAAUAACAAAUACAGAGCUGGAAAUGAUUGAAAAAGGCCCCCUUUAAUCUUACACUUUAGGUAACACUCCCUUUUUUAUGUUAUUUAUUCUUAAUACUGUUAAUUAACAAGGCAAUAAUAGGUGUAAUACAAAUGUUAUUUUUGCCUUUGAUUUUGUGGGAUCGGGAGGUAUUUUGU